GUAGUGUCGAAGCUGCUUGUUUAGUUGUUUGAUUGUUCCAUCAGUUUGAACGUUUGAAGUUGUCUGAGAAAGUGUUUAGGUUAACGAAGAAUCGAACGCGUUGUAGUGAUGAACUAACGACGCAACAAACUAAUUUUAGCUGUUUCAAGAUAAUUUGUGUCUAUGUGCUCUUAAAAUUAUGUGGAGUGGUUCCAGGAUUUGUAGUCCCUAUUGUACCCAGUUAUUCGCGCAUUCUCGAUCGCUUGAAAAAAUCUGUUUAAAAUUGAAAUAUAGAUUUUUGUCAAGUUAGUUUUUAUUUUAAGUUGAUAUUUAUUGGUGUCUGAAGCCAGUGUUGUACUUAUUGUUAUUAUACAUAUUGACAUAGUUAGGCUAUUGAUAACCUGUCUUAGGUGAGUGACCAAAAUGUCUUCUGAUUCUGAGGCUUGGUGCCUUUGUGGAAGUAGGAGAUUGAUAAUCCAUAUAUUAGAUGCUGCAACGAUCAUAAUCAUUGUUGGACUUCAGGGUGGCAUACUCAAUUUUUAUCUUAUCAAAUAUUACAAUGAGUCUAUUGGACCAUAUUUCUAUUUUUUAGCAGAUUUAUUUACAAUGAUUGUUUUUGCGGGAACACUCACAACUAGUUUCAACUACUUGACUAAAAAGCAAGCAAUUGAUGAAAAACUCAAAAAGAAGGCGAAUUUUUUCACACCAGCCCGCUUAAUCCAAGAAGUUGAAAUCAGUUUACCAUGGUCUCAUCAAAGAUUGGGCGUGAUGCCUUUCAGUUAUAUUUCAUGGCUAGUUUAUGUCAUUAUAAUGCUGAGCAAAGUGGUAGUAAUAUUUGAAUCACCUGGUCUUAUCGAGCAUCUGAGUGAAAAGGACAAAUUUGGCCCAAAUGUUCUCAAGUUGACGAUUGCACUGGCCAGCCUGGUGUUCCUGUCACUAGUAGAGGGUCACAACUGGUCUAAACGGGGCUCAGCACGUUACUCUUUCGUCACUUCCACCUGUGCUAAGAACGGUAUCGAGAUGUUCGAUGCCGUGGCGUUCCUUGCCAUGCAGAUGGAGGGCAAGGUGAAGGAAUCGGCCUACAAGGACGCAAUUCUUGCACUCUCCACCUUCACGUUCUUCCUGCCAGCACUUUCGCUGUUCAAACUCAGCCUGCUGGACUUUGCCUCAGAAAAGGCAUGUCUGCAAGUGACUGUCCUGCAGAACGUAUUGAGGUUGACAACAGUAGACCUGCCCUUCCUGGCUGUCAGGAUGUAUCUGUGGAUGUACUACAACGAGAAUGCCAGCUUAUUCCUCAUGAAGAAUGUCUUCAACAUCAUCAUCAUCUCACGAACUCUCUGUCCAGACCUUAAGGCACUGGCGGAGGAUCACUUUGGCACCCACCUCCUGUCCUCCACCCCUCACAAUUUGCCACGAACAGACGCGGAGGACACUGUUCUCAACUUUGAGCCGGAUGGCAAAGAGGAGGAAAUCGAGGAUGACUCAGAAGCUAAGAAAAGAACAACUAUCAACUUAUGAAAAAAGUUAAAUUGACACAUUUGCUGCUUCAACGUUUUGAUUAGAAUUAUUAGCUUAAAAUUUCAUUUAAUCUUAUGUUACAGUCCAUACUCAUUAUCGACUUUUGCAAUUUUAAUUUUGUUUACAACUAGCAGAUGUGUUAAUUUAUAUAAUUUAUUUAUAUCCAUAACUGAUUUCAUUUACUUAUUCAGUAAAAUCGUGUUUAAGUAAAAGUAAAAAUGAUAUUCCAACAGAAAUACAUUAUACAGAGCUAGUUUUAAAAAAAUGACUUAAAACUUGUAUUAUAUUUGUUGCAUUUAGUUUUGUGCAUUUUUAGGUUAAUGAUUGACAGUGUAAGAUAUUGUUCUAUAAACUUUUCUUAAUUUAUUGAAUAUCUAGAAUAGGAUGUAUUGCCCAAAUAUCGUAUUUUAUUUGUCUUGCCAAAUUAAUAUUACUUUAGGUGGGGUCCACAGAAAAUUUUUGAAUGAUUACAUUCAUGCAAUUUAUAUUUAAAUAUUCUUAAGUGUGAUAUAUAAUUUAGUAUAUAUUUUUAGUGGCCAUAAUACUAAUUUAACGCGAAUAUAAAAUUAUAUUAGUGCACUAAACUGAAAUCAUCUUUCGUAUUGGCUAAAAAGUCCAUGUAAGAGGCAGCGGGAGAUAGCUUACGUAACUGAUAAUGCCUGGAUAGCUUUAAAAUGGGCGCUCACUAUCAGCAGUGUUGCCACUUUCCACCAAAUUAAUCCGUUAAUAGCUAAAUAUAAAAAAUAUAUGAAAAUAAUAACUUUUUAUGAUUCUGGUGAUUUUGGUAAACUAUAAUAUACAGGUAAAACAUUUUCAGUCUGAUUUUUGUAAUAUCACGAUUUUUAAUAAUGAUUUCAUUAUGCAAAUGAUAAAACUGAGAUGCAUCUAAAAACCAUUUUAGCCUCUGAAAGUCCCUAGUGAAAAUGUUUUCAGAAAUUUUAAGAUAGCUGUCACUCAAAUCGUUGUCACUGCCCACAUCCACGUAAUUUACAAAUAAGUUAGUAAUGGGUGUAUUUUCGAUUACGGGAUAACUCAAACGAUUCCCUUAACUCAUUUUCAAAUAAACAAAAUAAAAAUCGAAUAUUUAACUGCCGUGCUUUAUACUGUUUUAACCUAAAAACAUUAUUAAACAUGGUGGAAUAUUCACAACAUGAAAUACAGCUGUCUGCGACAAUAAGUGAGCAGUCAGCUGGGAUGAAUUGCAAUCUCUCAAUCAUAGACUGACAAAAUACAAUUACAAGCGUUACAAACUAUUAUAUUUCGAUGUAAUACAUCUUUUUACAAAAGUCUGUGGAAUUUGAAAGUGGUAAAAUAGGCGGCCAGUAAAAUAAUAAAAAGUGUACGCCCGCACUAUAUGGACGUCGGGAAUUGACGCCAUUUUUACAAUGUCUGUAUAAUACGGACGUCGUUAAAAGGGUUUUUAAUUGAUUUUUUUUUACUUUUUUCAUGUUUAUGGGCAUUCAUCGCCUAUUGUGAGAUAAAUAUGUGGAUGUUUAUGGUUUAAUUUAGUUUUCAGUUACAAAUAUUCCUUUAGUACUGUAGACGUCAAUGUUAUAUUGUGCUGUCAAAGCUAUAUGUUAAUUAACUCAUACUCCACGACUUAUUCUUACGAAUAUAUACUGUAGACCUAUAUCUGUACCCAAUGCCUUUCAAUGUACACAGGUUUUGUAUAUGGUUGUAUGCAGCAUGGUGCUAAGCAUUUCAAUAGCUUUUAGUAAAAUAUAUGUUAUCAUUGUGAUUGUUUAAUACAUAUGGAAAAUUUUAUGUAUUUUGAUAUAAGUAUUUAUUGUACUAUUGAUAAUGUAUAGAAUAACGGUAAUACAAAUAUUUUUCCAUUUUAUAAUGUACUGUUUUUGGCAGAUAAGUAUCUGGUUUUUAUAAACACAAUAUCACUCACUGCCUUAUAUUGUUAUCUGAAAUAUUGUUUGUGUGUACAAUUUUAGUGCAUCUGUCAAAUAAUACAAUCUGAUUUGAGAAAAUAAUGUUAUUUUAGUUAUCAAUGUAGAACUAGCAAAAUAAAAGUUCGCUAAAUAAAAAUAUUUAGCUAUAAAAAACUAUUAUACUUGAUACAAUAACAUUUUUAUGUUUAGGUUGAGAUGUAAGCUUUUCUAACAGUAAAACCUUUAAUAAAUUAUCUUUAUAAUUGCUAAGUACUCCAGAAUAUUUAGAGCAUCUAUUAUUUCUUUUUUUGUCUGGAACUAAAAGGGUUAGAUCUAGGCGAGAGACCACAGGUUACAUCCUGUCUGAACAGAUUUAGUUUUUAUCAGUAUUGUUCACUUGCACUCUAGGACUGGGCUGGACUACUCUCGUUUGUAAACAAGUUAUAUUUGAAGAACAUGCACUUUUUGUGCUAAAAAAAUUAAUUACUGUUUAAUUUUAUUUCAUGUUAUAAUUUUGUGAUAUGAUGAUUUAGUUAGGUUUUCAGUGAAAAAACUUUGCUGUCAUCCAAAGAAAGGUUUCACUAUCUAAGCUAGCUUUAUCAGUCUGAGGUCUGCUAUCAGCAGGAAGUUCUCUGUCGGCACUAUCUCUUGCCUAGCCUACCAUGCCCUACCUAACUUAUUUUUAGGAAUGAAGCACUAAAUUGACCUUCAAAUAUGUGAGGAUUUACAAAACUGUUUUUGAAAUAACUACAUAUUCAAUUGGUAUAUAUCUUUAUUUAAUAUACAUAAAAACUAUUUUAUAAAAAAUUAAUUUAAAUAUUUUAAUGCUUUAGUAAAUUACAUAAUUUUGCAGAUUUUAUCCUAAGCUGUACUUUUAAAUCAUCCUUAACUGUUCAGAAUCCUAAAUUGUAAUUACAAAAUUGAGGAAAAUCUGAAUUAUUUAUACGUGGGAGGGAGAGGAGCUUCUGCUUUCAAACAAUCAUGUUUUUUCUUAACCCUUUGAGUGCCAAGUGCUUUUCACGGGGUGGUGUUGCCAGUGCCAAGCAUUUCUGAAAGGUCUCCUCUCUCAGUGCCAAACACUCUUUCGGCAUUUGUGUAGUGUUCCGUUAAAUAAUUUAUAACUUGAUGGAAAAUAAACAUAACGAGAUCAUUUUUGUUGUUCUAUGUAGGGACAUAACCGGGCUAUAAAUUAAAAAAUCCAUUUGAAUGGUAACUUAUCUGAACAUUUUUAAAUACCAAAAACAAUCUUAUAACUUAACUUUUAUAAUUUUGAAGUACUAAAAUUAUAAUACUAUGUUGUAUACUUAUUUGUAUGCACCUUUUAUAUUAUUUUCUUUAUAAAUAGUAACAAAAACACCAAAUUUAAAAAAGUAGGUACUUGUAUAACAGUUUUGAAUUCUUUUGUAUUACUGUGCAAUUUAUAAAAUCUGUACCCGUUUAGAAUCCGAUCCUCAUGUUUGGCAAUUAUCUUUUACCCUGUUAUGAAAUUAAAUCAAGAUGGGUGUUCUUUUUUAUUUGAUUCGAUGUGUAUGCAAUGAGACAAAACAGUUUUCAAAAUCAUUCACAGUACGUAGUGUUGUAAAAUUAAUUAAACUUACGUUACUUCAAUUUACAUUACACAAUAAAGAACUUACUGCAUUUUUUUCAGAUUGCUUCAAAAUAAAUAAUUUUCUAUCACACAGAAAGAAGGCUACUAGUAGUCUAUGUCAGUUAUACUUAUUCAGUAAAGUCUAUAUACAGUAUACUAUUUACAAAAGUAAGUUUUUACUAAAUUUAACGAUCCGUUACACAUGUGGGCAGGCCCACUGCCACUGCCUUUAAGAUAUCAGCUGCAGUACAACAACGAAUACUAUGUAAUAACAAAUUGUGUAUACGUGCAUUUUGUUGUACAUUUAUUUAGCUUUAAUUUGAGACUAAGUAAAAUUCCAUACGUCAACAAUUAGUAAUAGAAUAAUAAAUAUUCAAAAUGCCGAUCUAAUCAGCCCUUGGCAUUUUUAAGACAUACCCGGCAGACCGAAGUUAUCGGCAAUCAAAGUGUUAAUUUAACUGCGCAUAUUCGUAUUAUAAAUGCACUUGUUUUAUCUAAAUAAUACACAAAUAUUAAGAAACUGUAAAGGAAGAAAAAUUAUAGAGUUAAUCUAUAGAAGAAAACUUAUUUCUGUAAAACCGUUGUAACAGUGACAAGUAGUUUAACAUAAUCCUGUUCUUUGUUAUACAUCCUGUUGUAAACUGUUAUCCUGUUAUACUUACUCCUAUGUAGCCUAUUGUUUAAUUUUUCUGGAACACUGUAUCUUUGUCACCAUUAAUAACGCACAAUACUAUAGCAACUAAGGUGUAGAAAUGAUAUUCGAAAUGACAGAGGAAUUAUAUUGUUAAGAAAUGUAAACCACCUGUAACACUUUUAUUGUUUUUAAUAAUUCAUACUAUGUACAUUCCAAAUUCAAAAAAAUACAUUUCCAGAUACUAGGUUAAGGUAAAUAAAAUAAAAUAGAAACAAAUUAAUUCAAUUAUAUCAAUAUGUUUUAUAACUACUUUGGUGGCUAAAUUUUGUACUUAAUUUAUGUGUAAUUUAUUUGUAUUGUCUAUAAAAAAGUAAAUUUUUUGUUAGAAGUUACACUACUAAUUAUACUGCUGUAUUCUAAAAACAUUGUUAUUGUUUAAAAACUGUUGCCUUAACUGCCUUAGCAUUAUACUAGGUAAUCUAUAAAAGUAAAAUUUUGUUAUUAUUUUUUAAUAAGAAGAUAUAGUUUUGUUCUCUCCUCCAUAUACAAUAUAGGAAAAAGUAUUGUACUGAUCAAAUAGUAAAAUUUUAAUUUUCAGUAUAAAUGUUCCAGAUGGAAUCAAAUGAGUAAAAAAGUUGUUUUUACAUAAUCACCAUCUUAAUUUUUUGUUUACCAGCUGCGGAAAUCUUAUGUUUUGGACUACCUUUGUAUAAGUAACAACGUGUUGUGAUAUUUUCAAUUAGCUUUAAGUGUCUCGUCUAUUUUCUUAAGGCUUUUGUAUAUUUUGUAUGGAACGCAGUAAAGAAUUGUACAAAAUA